AUGGUGGGAGCCAUUGCCACCCUCAAGGUCAGAGUUGGUGUCGUGGACCCAGGCCUCUUCAUAAGCCAGAGCCCCAGUGAAGCAGGGAGGUUUCAAUUACUCUUUGUUUUUCCUGCAAGAAACAUUUCUCUCAAGUGCAUGCGUGACACUGAUGAGUUCCUUUCUGAUCUGAAUUCAGUGGAGCCCAAAGAAUACGCUCUGAGAAUGUAUGACUCCGUCGGGAAACUUGGGAGCAAUAUUCUCAAUGGGAACGUGGAUAGACUGGGAUCUUACAGCGAGUGCCUCUCCACCCACGCCCCCUCGGGGAGCUUCCAGGGGCAGUACUGCAAGCUUCAGAUCCUGCAGGAUGUAGCUGACUACAGUGUGGGCGUGUGUGUCCCUGAUUCUUGUGCGGAAGAGGACGUGACUGCGUUGGCUCAGCUGGGUAUUUUAAGAUUCAGAAAUGCUUCAUUUUUGGCUCCUUCUCUCUCUCUCUUUACAAUGAAUGCGUCCUCCUUGCCUGAUGGGGGUGUGGCCAGAUGUGCUGCUGGAAUGUUCCCCCUCGACGUGUUUGCUGCCGUGUGCCUGUUCUUCACCCUGCUCGGCCUCGCCCUUCCUCUGGCUGGAACUGCGUAUGUGGCAGCCAGGGGGUGGGGGUCAGACCGCGGGGCGUCCUCCACACUCGGGGCACAUGCAGCCACUUACGGGAGCCUGCCUUUGAGAGAGACAGAGAGGAGUGAACCAAGGAGCAGAAUCGAAUGGCCGGUCGGCCUGGCCCAUCUCGCAGGAACCCCGAGCAGAGGAAAAAGAUGCCUAGGAGCCGUGGACCGGGCUCUGAGAAGCUUUUCUUGGCAGAAGAAUGUGCCAGCCAUCUGGACCACCACGACGCCAGGAAGCACGUGCUCUGCCCUGAAUGGCAUCCGGGUCUUGAGUCUCCUGUGGAUCAUGUCGGGGCACACCAGCCAGAUGACCGCAUGGCUGUCUCUGGAUAACGUGCUUGAAUGGAAAGCCAGAGUGCUUAAAAACCCGCUCUACCUUUACUCCCGGAGUGGCCCAUUCUAUCUCGGGGUUGACACAUUUUUCCUGAUCAGUGGCUGGUUAAGCGUGAGGUCAUUUUUAAAGAUGCAGCAGUCUUCAGAAAAAGGAAUAACUGCUAAAGUUAUACUCAGAUACUACUUUAGUCGCCUUAUAAGGUUGCAGCCUCUUCACCUGUAUUCCGUGUGCUUGUUGGUUGGAUUGUUCUCCCUGGCUCCCUGGGGACCUGUCUGGGAGGUGCCUAAGCUCCACCUGGACAACUGCCGUCAAGCGUGGUGGACGAACUUGCUGCUGCUCAAUGACUUCCUGUUGGUCCAGAAGGCGUGCAACGGCUGGACGUGGUACCUUGCCAAUGACUUCCAUUUCCACCUCACAACGCCGGUCAUCAUCUUCAUCCAUGGAAAAAGUAAACAUGUCCUUGUCCUCCUCGGAGCCGCGCUGUUCUUGGCAUCUUUCACUGCCACUGCUUUGCUCACACUGGCUCAUGACCUCCCCGUGGCAGCUCCGUCAGAAGCAAGUGAAAAUGUGACUGUGCUGUAUUUUUCGGAGUACUACACUAAGCCCUAUUGCCGAAUCGGGCCAUUCCUUGUGGGCGUCUUUCUGAGCCUUUUCAUGCACCAAAACCAGCAGGCAAACAUUCUCAAAACCAAGGUGCAGGCCCUGCUCGGGUGGAUUUGCUCCCUGUCCGGCCUGUUCGCCGUGGUCGCUGUGGCGUACGCAGUGGACGACACCUCUGCCACCCCUUCAGUGGCCGCUGCUGUCUACCAGGCCGUGCACCGGAGCCUGUGGGCGGUGGCCGUGGGCUGGGUCGUGUUCGCCUGUCACGAAGGCUAUGGAGGUCUGGUGAACCAACUGCUUGCUUGCGGAAUGUGGAGCUUCCUGGCCAGCAUCAGUUACGCCUGCUACUUGGUGCAUCCCGUCGUCAUCAUCCUCUACAACGGCCUCCAGGAGACGCUCAUUCACUACACGGACACCAACAUGGGACAUCUGGCCCCAGAGAUAGAAACGCGCAAAGGGAAGAUGGGGUACAGGGAGAAGAUGGCCAUCUACAAGCCAAGGAACCCCAAGGAUGGCCGCCAAACAAGCUAG